CCGCGCUGUACCGGGCUCCGCGGAACGCUGGGCCGCAGACGCAUUUUCGGAGGAGCGAGUUCCAUCGGACCUGGGCCCAACGUAAGCUCCGGCUGUGACUGCGGCGCAUGGCGGGAACACUACGUGCAGUGACGCCGCCUCCAGGCCGCACCCCGUAGGCGGUGAAGGCGACGCAUCCUCUAAGAAACCGAAACCGAAGAAGAAAAGCCGGAACGGGGUUUCUCUGACGAAUGGAGGCAGGAAGGCCUCAGCAGAGCCGGCCGCAGAGGAAGCCCCCUUUGGCGCAGAGGCCCAGGCAAGGGCAGGCCUCGGUCGGGAAGGGUGGAGCCCCCGUGUGCAUUCUGCGUGCAAGUCAGCGGGCGGCGUGGUCGCGGAUUUGCGGAGUUAAGGCGGAGCAGCUGGCCUGGGAACUGACCUGGUGCGUGGAGCAGCUGGAGCUGGGCCUCAAGAUGCAGAGACCCAGCCCUAAACAGAAAGAGCAGGCUGUUGGGGCUAUCCGUAUCCUGCGCAGCCAAAGAACGCCGCUCCCACGGAAGAGACAGCUGAUGCGCUCCUUGUUUGGGGACUACAGGGCUCAGAUGGAAGCCGAGUGGCAGGAGGCAUUGCGGGCCCUCAGGACUGCAGCCCACGCAGCCCGGGUGCAGCCUGUAGGUGAGGCGGCCAGAAGGAAGAGUGGAAGGGUCUGCAGACCUCACCCAGCAGGGGGAGCCAAGGCCACCACGGACACUCCUGAUGAAGAGUUUAGGUUUAAUUUCAUUUAGUCUGGAAUAUUCCCCCUCCCUGGGUUUUGUGGGGGCUUCUCUUGGGUGCAGAGCCUUUCCAUGAAUGGUGUGUCAGACGUGUGGAGUUGGGUCUUUCCCUGGCUCAUCAGUGAAUCUGAUGUCAUGGCUGUUGGCAGAUGUGAGAGCAGCCUACUGGGCUCUGUCAGACAAGCACAAGACCCCACUUGUACAUUUUCAGAUGAAAUGUCCCUCCUGCCAGGAGAGGGAGGUCCAUUUAGAAAACCAUCUACAAUAAACGGAGGUGGGUGUUCAGUGUGCUGUAGAAAGAAUAUUUUACUCUGUGAUGACAUUAAGCAUUUGUUGGAUGAAGAUUGGGGAAGGCUGCAUAAUGGUAACUAGUGCUCACUUACGAAAGGAUGUCCAGAUGGUGGAGUGCUUUAUGAAUUAUGUCACAUCACCCUAAUGAAACUGCUUUUAAUGAAAGUGGAUGAUUGCGUGUGUGUGCUAACCAUCAGUGUUAGAUGAAGUCCAGGUGUGGCGGAUGUCUUGCAUGGUUGGGUUCAGGCUCUCACUGCCUUGUUUGAUUCUGUGUAUGUUUUGCUUCAUUCCUGAGCAGGUGUCCUUCUUGGAGUCAGCAGGGCCCCCAGUAGGACAGGCUUUGUUCAUAGAAGCAGAGAGCUUCUGGCCAGUACAGUCCUGGCCAGAGCCCUGGAUUGAGCCUCAGUGGAUGACCUGUCUAAAUGUUUGCCACUCAGGAUGGGAGUCCCAGGCCUUCUGCUGCAUUGAAUCAAAUCGAGUUUCCAGGUGUCAAUCCUUAGUUGCUGUGAUGCCGUCUUUUCUGGUGUCUCCCAGACUUGAAUCCCAAACUAGGUAGAUCCCUGCAGCCUGACAGCUCCACUUGCAUGUUUCAAAAGCAGUUCAAACCUGACAUGUCCAAAACAUCUGAUUAGCCCUUACGUCUCCUUUCAUCCUGUGCUUUUCAGUGCCCCCCCAGCUGAGUAUGCUGUAAACGUGUUGUCCUUUAAUGCGUUUUUUCACACACAUAUAUUCAAUACUUUAGCUGGUGUGUGAGCUCUGUCUUCUCAAGUCUCAAAUCUUGUGCUCUUUGUGGUAACUGCUGGACAUUGUGGUCCGUGUCCAGCUCUUACCUGGCUGCUGCAUGAGCCCCAGGUUGUCUCCCUUAUACCUGUGCUUGCUUCCUGUCUUCACUGCAGCCAGAGGGAUCAUCCCUGUGUGUCAGGUCCUGUUUCUCUGACCCUGUGACUGUUGAAUUUAAGAUCCAGUGUGAAGGCUGUUGGAUGAGGCCCCACAUGGGACCUGCACAAAUUUAGGCUCCUGACCACGUCUGAGGUGACUGCCUACCCCUGUUCUGCCUUGCUGGCUUCUUGUCUGUGGCUGAAGUAACCACUCAAUCCUGCCUCAGGGUCUUCAAGCCUGGUGUUCUCUCUGCACAUUGGUCUUCCUCCAUAUGUUGGGAGAGAAAGCAGCUUUGAUUGAGAAAGUAAUUCCUCCUUGUAUUACUUUGAGGCAGGAGAAGGGGGACCCAGAGUUGAGUGCUGUGUAAUGUUGGGCUUCACAGAAAGUCCACUUUUAGCAGGGCUCAGACUUUGGGGUACAUGGCACAGAGGGGCCUGGGAACAGGAACCCUUUGAAGACAGAGAUGCAGGGGUGUUGCCUGGUCUCUGGGGAGGCUGUCUGACCUGCUGCCCUCCCCAUCACAGACCAUCUUUCCAUUCGAAUGUGCCUCCUUCCACCCCCAUCCCCACCCAGUGGUGAUCUUGGUGAUGUUGGCUCUGGCUUCAGUUCACCCCUCGUAAAUUGGGUAGGUGGAGGUAGUGGUGGGUGAGGUUAACUGGAGGCUGUGAGCCACUCACGGUGUGGUCUUAGGCCAGUCCCAGCUUUGUGGCUUAGGAGGGGGUGUGGUUUUGCAGCUCACCCAUAGUUCCUGCAGGGGUGCUGGUGCCCAGCCUCACAGAGCUUCCUGACCCAUUCCCCCAGCUCAGGGACCCUAUUUCUUCCCUAGCUCUUACUCCUUUCCAGGGGCUCUUGUCCCCACCUCCUCCCUACUGUGCCCCAGGGCCUGUUCUCCUUGACUCCUCCUCCCCCUACAUACUGCUCCUUCCCUCUUGGGUUCCCUUUACUCUAUCCAGCAUCUCACUCCUCUCUGGAGGUCUGCCUCCUCCCUUUAAGAAGCUCCUCGUUCUGCCCCCCUCCACCCCCAGCCCCUUGUUCCUUCCCUGGGCCCCGCCCAGUCAGCUCUCACCUUCCCUCUUCAGGUCAGCUAUAUCUUGGGUCCCUAGCCCUGGCCCUGUGGUGGUACCUGGAGGAGGAGGAGCUGGAAUGGAGACAGCCUCAGUGUGCUGGCUCUGAGCAGUGCUGACCACAGCCAUUGGGCUGCCAGUUUCCUCCUGCAGCUGGGAACUGCCUAUCUGUGAGUCUGGCUGAGGCUCAGGCUGUGCAUCAGUGUAUGUGUGGUUCUGGCAGGGCCCCCACCUGGGAUGGCAUUGAGAACUCUGGAUCGGCUCUGGGUGGUGCAGGCUGGCAGGAGCAAUGUGUGGGUUCCACUGCUCCCACUUCCUUGGGUGCACUGUGCCAGGUGUCUGGUUGUGCCUGGGGCAUCCCUGAACAUUGAAGGAGGGACCUUUUCCUCACAACUCCCUGAACACCCCUUAUCUUUUGUGGAGUUAAGGAAGAGACCAAGGGGUUAGAAUGGAUGCUGUUUUAUAAAAUAUAUUGUACAUGA